CCCGCUCCGCCUCCGCACCGAGGGGCCGCCGCAACCCCGGCCCCGGUCCGGCCGUGCCCCAGCGGCUCAGGGAGCUCCGGGGCGGGGAUGGACACAGGGAGGUGGGACAGGAACGCAGACGGGGGUAUGGGGCAGGCAGGGGUAGAGGCAGGAGUGGUACAGGCAGGGAUGCAGGCAGGGAUGCAGGUAGAGGAGGUGCAGGCAGGACUGGUACAGACAGGUGUGAGGGCAGCGGUGGAGGCAGGGCUGAUGUAGGCAGGGCUGGUGCAGGUAGGGAUGCAAACAGGAGUGCAGUCAGGUCUGGGGCCGACAGGUGUAGUCAGGGCUGGGGCAGGCAAGAAUAAAAGCAGAGGUACGGGCAGAGGUGCAGGCAGGAGUUAGAGCAGGACUGUGGGGUAGGCAGAGGGGCAGGGGGGACAGGCAGAGGGGCAGGGGGGACAGGCAGGGCUGGUGCAGGCAGGGCUGGGGCAGCCCCUGUCCCCACGUGACGCCCGCGCCGCGCGGGGGCGGCUCCGGUUCAUUCAUAAAUCCCGGGGCCGCCCCGCCGCACCGAGCGCAGCGGCGGCGAUGGAGCCCCGGUCUCGGUUGUAGGACACGCUCGGGCCGGGACAGACCAUGAGCGAUGACCCAACACCCUGGGACAACGCGACCGAGAGCGCCACGGCGGUGCCCGGCGAGGUGUCCCCUCAGGAUGGGUACGUGCUGCUCCUCGCCCUGCUCUCCAUCUUCAUCGGGGGAACACUGGUCCUGCUCUCGGGCAUCCUGAUCAUCUGCCGCCGCUGCUGCGAGGCCGACCGCCGGCACUCCAGAGCCAGCGAUGACCCCGAGAAAACCAACACCACUUACCUGGAUGACUCGCAGCAGGCGCAGGAUAUCACCGGCAAAGCGGAGGACCCCGAGUGCCUGUCGUCCUCCAGCUACCGGGAUGCGGAGAGCGAGCGGUUCCUGUCCUCCAGCUCCUCCACUGCCCGGCGCGUCUCCUUCAACGAGGCCGCGCUCUUUGACCAGGGCAAGAAAUCCCAGGAGAAGGGGAGGAGGUACACACUGACAGAGGGGGACUUCCACCACCUGAAGAACGCUCGCCUGACCCACCUGCACCUCCCACCGCCUGCCCUCAAGAUUGUCACCAUCCACGAGUGUGAGUCCAGUGAGAACAGCCUGGCCAUGACCCCCCGCCUGCCCCCGCCCAAGCCUGGUCUUGCCAUCUUCCAGCCCCCCGCAGGGGCCCUGCCCCGGCCAGUGCUCCCCAGCCAUGCGGUGGGCCCCAGCUCUGCCCUGCCCGGGGACACCUACAACUCCACCGUGGACACCAGCUUCACAGAGGCCAGCCCGUCCGUCUCCUCCGACUCCGGGGAGGGGCCCUCGUUCACAGCAGCACCCAGGAGUGCUGGGGCGGGCAGUGCCGGCCCCGGGGAGCCCCCCCCGACCCCUCCCCAGGGCACCGUCCUGCAGUUCUUCACCCGCCUGCGUCGCCACGCCAGCCUGGACGGGGCCAGCCCCUACUUCAGGAUCAAGAAGUGGAAGCUGGAGAGCACCCAGCGGGCGUCCAGCCUGGACACCAGAGGGUCCCCCAAGCGCCGGCAGUUCCAGAGGCAGCGGGCAGCCAGCGAGAGCAUGGACCAAGAGGACCGGGACCCCCAUCAGACCGACAUCAUCCAGUACAUUGCCCACACGGAUGACGUGGCCUUCCACCCCGCGGGGGGCCCCUUCCUGCCCUCCCCCGCCAGCCCCCCACCCUCUCUCGGCAGGCUAGAGCCGGGCGAGGGCGGCGCGGGCAGCCCCGGCGAGUCCGGCGUGCCCGAGCAGCCCAGCGCCUACCACGACAUCUGGAGCCUGCGCGCCUCGCUGGAGCUGUACGCGGCCUCCGAGCGCAGCAACGACCAGGACUCGGUGCGCAGCGACGGCGGGGACAGCGUCUCCUCCGCCAGCGGCGUGCCCCCCUGCCCCUCCCCUUCCCUGGACGAGGCUGAAGGCCCCGAGGAGAAGUUCUGGGGUCGGCCCAAGCCGGAGGAGUCGGAGCCCGGCACACGGAAGCUGCUGCAGAUGGACAGCGGCUACGCCUCCAUCGAGGCGCCCAGCCGGGGGGGCGAGGAGGGCCCCCCCAAGGACCAGACGGCCUCCGAGAAGCGCAUUUGCUUCACCAGCGCCGGGCGGAAAGGAACCAUCUUCGAGAGCUUCGAGGGCCGGGAGCCGGAGGAGGAGGAGGAAGAGGAAGAUGAGGAAGAGGAGGAGGGGGGGAGCACGACCCUGGGCGCGGCGGGUGGGGGACACCUCCGUCCCCACAGCCCCCUGGCCUGGUCCCCGUACGGGCAGAUGUUCCCGGGGCGGGAGGGGCUGCCCCGGCGGGACUACAGCAUCGACGAGAAGACGGACGCGCUGUUCAACGCCUUCGUGCGCCACGACCCUCAGUUCGACGAGUCCCCGCUGCGGGGGAAGCACCGCUCCCGCACGCACCUGCGCAAGCAGUGGCAGCACACCAAGCAGUUCAGCGACCCCGGCGUGCGGUACCCGGCGCUGGAGCGGCACCGGACGCCCCUGCGCCGCGGCGACAGCGCCAAUUAUCCCCUGGACUCCCGGUUCCACAGCCCCCUGCCCCGCAUCGUCAGCGCCGGCGACGAGGAGGCGGCCGAGGCGGCCGAUGGGGUCCCCCCUGCCCCGGCGCUGCCUGACCCCGAGAUCCAGGUGAUCGUGGAGGAGCCCGGAGAGGCAGCCCCCGAGCCCAAGGCUGGCUCCGAGCCCCCUGAGGACGAUGACUGCCCCGGCCCCGGGAGGUGCUUGGGGCUGGGCUCCGGCUCGGAGCUGAUGGACAAGAUCGCCGGCGGCCUGGAGGAGCGGCUCUAUGGGCACCUGAGGAAAGCGGCAGAGAGAGAGACCCCCGAGUGCACGGUGGCCGUGGCAGCCAGUGAUGCCCCCCCUGACCACAGCACGGUCUAGGCCCGGCGUGAGGGGGAGAGAGCCCAGCACGGGGCGGGGGGGCUCGGCCCCCACCAGGGUUCGGGGCUCCAUCCCCUCCUGCUGCCGGCACGGGGUGCCCGGUGCGGGAAGGGAUCCUGGCCCGGGAAGGCCAGGAGGGCACGUGGGGGCCCCUGGCUGUACCCCCAGCACGGGGGGUCCGGUAGCGUGGGGUGGCCGAGCCCCCCGGCUCCCGGGAGCGAGGGCCCGGGCUGGGGGAGCCCCGGGGGUCGGGGCACGGAGGAGAAGCCGAGCGUUGGCCGGGGGUCAGCGCUGAGGGACUUUGCUGAAGCUCCCACCCCGCUGAGCCCCCGCGGCACCUCCGCUCUCCCCUCUCUCCGUGGUUUUACAAGCAAUAAGCCUCUCGUCCGGCCGGGAAUGUCCCCGCCAGGAAGGGGCCGGAGCUGGGUGUCCCCGCUCCGGGGAUGCUGCGGUGCCACCCUGGCCAGGGGGCAGUUUGGGGAGGGGGGAAGUCACCUCCUCAAUCCCAAACCCCUCCUGCCCGCGAUCUGCAGGGAGCCUGGGAUCUAAACUGGAAGCAGGGGGUCUGGGCCAGGGGGAUUCUUGAGGGGCUCAAGCACCGCUUGGGGGGCCCCAAAGUGGCAGCCCAAGGGCUGGGGGGGGCAGGAUCGACCCCAAAAAUACCCCCCGGAGGGGUGGGGGCUGCCUGGUGCCUGCCCCUGGUGCUGCCCCUGGCCCAGGGUACAGGGGGAGAGCAGAGUGGGGCAUCCCCAGCGUGUGCUGUGGGUGACCCCCAGUGCCCCCCACCACCCCAGGAGCUCAGUGGGGGCUCGAGGAUAUUUAUUGAUUUUUACAGAGGUGGCUGCUGCUCCGGGGUGCAAGGGGGUGGGGUGUGUUUGCUUUUUAUUGGGUUUUUAUUUGUGUUUCAAAGGAUGUGUGAAAAAGAGAAAAAAAAAAAAGAAACCGCCCCAGCCCAGCCCUGGCUGUGGCACCUGGGACUCGGCAGCGGGGGGGGGACAGGCAGGGCCCCCCCAAACCCCCAUUGCAUGCGAGUAGAGGCCGGGUUGCUCCUUCCCUCUGCGCAGGCUCUGCCCAAAGCCCUCCCUCCAUCACCUCUGCGUUUUUAAGUCUAUAAACAAAGGAGAAAAACCAAAACCAA